GUGGCUAUUGGUUCGCCGUUUUGACAUUUCCAUCUGAAAUUCCCAAAAGGGCAAAAACCGCCAUGAAAACAUAAGCUUUGAAUCUCCAUUUUUAAGCUUGAAGAAACUACGAAUUUCAUAAAAUUGAACGAGAACAAAUACAAAACUGUAGCAAUGAAGGGAUUGUUAGGAAGAUUGAUAACUCGAGCUAGUCUCCGCACAAAUAAAUUGUUCGCAAAACCCUAUGCAGAUAAAAAUGGUUCACUUUCCACAUCUCGUCGAUUUCUAUAUGGUUUAUCUUCUUCCAAUACGCCGCAUAAGUUCUCAGAUUUCACUUCGUUAAAGAAUUCACAGUUUCCUUCUUCACACCUUUCUUUAUUGAGCCGUUUUGGAGGCCAGAAGAGGACCAUGUUUAUCCAAACUCAGUCAACUCCUAACCCUUUAUCCCUAAUGUUCUAUCCUGGGAAGCCAGUUGUGGAAGGUGGGAGUGCAGAUUUUCCAAAUGCUCGUUCUGCCAUGAAUUCGCCACUGGCUAAGGCCCUCUUUGGAAUAGAUGGGGUUACACGGAUAUUUUUUGGAUCUGAUUUUAUUACUGUAACCAAAACCGAUGAUGCUUCCUGGGACUUGCUCAAACCUGAAAUAUUUGCAGCAAUUAUGGACUUCUAUUCUUCUGGGAACCCACUGUUCCUCGACUCCAGCACCGCAGCCUCCAUGGACACAGCUAUACAUGAGGAUGAUUCAGAAACAGUUGCAAUGAUCAAGGAACUUUUGGAGACUCGUAUUCGCCCAGCUGUACAAGAUGAUGGUGGGGACAUUGUAUACCGAGGAUUUGAUGCAGAUACAGGAGUAGUCAAAUUGAAAAUGCAAGGAGCAUGCAGUGGAUGCCCUAGCUCAUCAGUUACCCUUAAAUCUGGCAUCGAGAAUAUGCUCAUGCAUUAUGUUCCUGAGGUUAAAAGUGUGGAGCAGGAACUAGAUGAAGAUGAAGAACCUGGAUUAACUGGGGCAUCAUACGAGUAGUAAUACUGUUCUAGCUACUUCUAGUUGAUUUGGUGAUCAUCAGAAAAGGCAGGACUUGUUCAUGCUCCUCCAUGGCAAGAGUGAGUAUAGUUGAGUGCACUAGUUUCUUGUAUCUAUCAAAUUCAUGUGAGAUAAGCAACCGUAUGCAUUGAAAACUAUACUCUGUAGUUCAGUAGGUUUUUUUAGAGGACUUUCAAAUAAAUAGUUUCGGCUAUACGUUUAGCUGGAUAUCCGGUUUAAGCUCCACUGGAGACGGGACAAUUAGUUGCAGCAUGUUUCUGUAAUGAGUCUAUAAAGAUCCAAAAGUGCAUAUACGUGGACAAGUAUUUAGAAGUUGCUAACCA